UUUUCACUGUCUGAAUCAUCUGAUACGUGUUUUGCGUUCUGAAAUUGAAACCGGUUGAAACGCGUAAUGAUUUUUUCAUCAUCUUCUGACCUAAUUCUUUGAUCGUAUUCCAAACAGACUUGUGACGUCACACAUUUCAAAGUCAUUCACGUUUCAAAAAUUGAACUCUUCGAAGCUUUCAAAACAUGUCGAAAUCAUAUGGAGUUUAUUCAAAAAUGUUUGCGUUUAUUUUGUUUUGAUUGAAAGCCCCGACCGAAGCAGCCUAUCCUUAUUGUUUAUCCUCGAUUAGAAAGAGCCCUGCUGACUACAUUAGGAGUGCUGAUUUGGGUCGGUCCCGUGUUUUCAGACCUAAUGUUGGUUCACGUGUUUUGGGGGACGAGGCUUAGGACGUCUUAAAACAUGUAAUGUGUAUCGAGCACGUCCUAUUUGAUCGGUGAUUAAGUCCACACCUUGAAUUUCCGGCUGAUUGCAGGUAGUUACAGCUGAUUUAUUGUUGUGAAAUUGUCAAUGAUAUUUUCAUUGCAAAGCAAACUUGACGAAUUUAGUUUAGAAAACUUGAAAAAAAUUAGAAACUGAAAUUUAGACCUGCCAGAUAAAUCCUGUCUAAUCCGAGUUCUAUGUUUUGAUUGGCUAGAAUAAAUGGCUGGCAAUUACCUCAACUGGCUUGGCUAAUUUAUGAUUUUGGUUUUGUAAGAAAGGAGCUCAUUUUCAGUUCAAAUUCUCCUAAUUGUUUGGCCAACUUGAAAUCAAAACACAGUUUCACCUCUCUCGCUGUCGUCUUUUUUGAACCUACCUUGUAAAAAUAGAUUUAUGGUGCUCGAUGUUCGGCUAUUUAGCACAGGGUUGAGAUUUACAAAGAGAGAAGUGAUUUAUAUAAAAGUUGUUUAAAGUGCAACUUAAAUUCUCUCAAAUUAAGUUUCUGCUGCCCAGUUUGUGUUUAAGUUGCUCUCUUCGCUGUCAUUUGAAAGCCAGUAUUUGUCGCCAGCCAAGUCAUAAACUGGUUGCCAAACCCUUUGAUUGUAAAACAAAGCUAAUUGCGCCCUAUUCCCCCACAGGUUAUUUAUUUUUUGUGGCUCGUAAAACAACUUCAGCCCAACCAGGUUUAUUUUCACUUGUCACGCAGUUCCUCAGCAAGGCAGCAAUACAUACCAUAUUACGGCCCGUCGAUUCAUUUCGUCUUAGCCCAAAAUUGGACUCUGAAUUCUCAUUUUGAAAAUUCUGCUCCGAGACGUUUCUCAAAAUCCCGCAAGUUGUUCAAAUUAUCAAGUCAGUCGGAAAAAGUAGCAAGUCAAUAUUCUGGAGUUUUACACAAACUAAGAGUUAGUUGUGACUUUUGCUGAAGGUAAUUACCAUUUUGAAAGCGAAACAAUUUCGUCGAAAAACAAUUUCUUCAAAAGGUCAAAUUUUUAUUUCAAAAUUCAAUUUUAGAAAAAAAUUAGUUUGACCCUUAAUUAGUUUGAAGUAAUCGGGUCAGUGAAAUUUAAUAAUUCUGAUAGCAAUUAUUUGCGAAGGUUGUAUGUUGAAACCAUUAUUACUACACUUCCUUUGAUAUUAGUCAGUGCUCUUAAUUCGGAAGAAAAGGUUCAUUUAGUCUGUAUCCGAAACCCAAACGAAGCUCAUUAUCAGUCUAAUAAACCAAACGCAAACACACCAAACGAUUGAUUUCUAUAUUUGAAUCCACCCUUUAAAUAUUCUUAUCUCAUUCACAGUUUAGAAUUUGUUCAAAUCAUCAAAGAGUUUACGAGUUUUUUGUUGGCACCAUCGUACGACCAGCAUAUUUUCAGGAAGUUAUCGCUAUCUUAUUUAUUCAUUUGUAGUAGUAUCUUUAUUACUACUCGAAAAGCUAUUCAGACGAAAAAAAAUACACAAAAAAUCUACUUAUUUGAGUCAAGUUAUCUGGAUUUGUUUUGCGUCAAAAAUAGUUUGUUUGUAACAUUGGACGCAAUUCGGACCAAACUAUUGUGUCUCAGCUGGAAAAAAUAGCGUGAUUUGAUAAUGCGUCAAUUUUUGUUGAACUACUAGAAAAACAAGGCAGUAUUUUCGCUUUCAUCUAACCGCACUUCAAUCAAUAGAUUUAAACUCAGAAGUCGCUUUAAACCCAAGCAUUUUUUCCUCUCCACUAUUACCUGGCCGCAGUCCCUCCAUUAGCCAUUUUCUCCUCCGCAGCUUCAAAGCCCAGUUUAUGACUCUGGAUUUAUUUUUUCAUUAGUUACGAUUCACUCAGAAAUGAAAAGACACUACAGCCAAAUACUACAACUGCAUCAUAUAAUUCAGCCGACCUGCCGUCUUUAAAAGGAAUCAACCGACAGACGCAUCAUUAAUCAUUGUUUUUUUUUAUCCCUGUUAUUUAGUAUUUGAUCCUACCCUAUUGCUAUUGUUUGGUUGCCGCAACUGGAAUAUUUGAAUAUUAAUCUGGAAUUUCCCACCAAUCCGUGUAUUAACUCAUCCUGACAAAUCUCCGCUUCUGAAAGCAGAUACGUCAUUGUUUCUCCAAACCAAACGGAAUAGAUUAACCGCCUCUCAUUCUUUUCAAGCUUGCCUUGGAGUUCGAAUAAUAAAAAAUUGCAAAAAAUACUAAUUGAAAAGAAUUACGUUUUUAAAUAAUUCUGUAAUUGAUACCUCUUGAAAGAAGUUGUACAGAUUCAUUUGUUAUUCAGAGAAUCAUUGCGUAAGUUUGCAUUUACAUCGCGGCGGUAGAAUAAUACAGCCAAUUACACUGGUCGAGUAAUUUGAAAAAUUCGACGCUUUUUAAGUAAAUUCACAAAUUCUAUACUUUAAUAUGUACUUUGAAUCUUCUAAUAUGUGUACCAGUAUACACCAGCAGAACUGCUGCAAAUCAUCGAAUCCAAAGACAUGCCGACAAUUAGAUUCGUCAGGGAGUCGGCGUCUCAAAUCAUACAGAAAUGCGAAAUACUUCAGAUGGGACACAAAGUUUAUUCACAUGCUUUUCUUCACCUUAUUUCUAGUUUUAUUAUCGUGUCCGCAACUGGCAUCAGCUUUCACAGCUGAAACAUUCGAGGAACACGCACACAGAAAACACGUAGUGUUUGUCCAAGGAGCUGAUAAGUGGACAGAACAGUCUGAAGCGGAAUGCCAAUACAGAUUCGAGUACGAACGGUGGCCAUGCGACCUAAACGACCACCGGGACAUCGUGACCGGAAACAACAAAUCGGUUCUCCAAGGAACCAAAGAGGCGGCAUUUGUCCAGGCUCUGACAGCCGCAAGUAUUAUCCACACAUCCCUAAAGCUUUGUUUCGAUGGAACUGAAGGUGUUGACUGUGACUGUAAAGAGGAAAACGAGAACCGUUACGAAGGUUCGAGUUCGGUGGAGGCGGGGGACGUGACGAAUACAUUUGUUCUUUGCAGCGAGCAUUACAUCAAGUACGCCACCAGGGUAUUUGGCAAGUUUCGAAUGUCAUGGCUGCAGAAUAAAGAGGAACCCGAGGACUUCAUGAUCAUGCACAACUCGGAGACCGGACGCCGAAGUUUGAUCAAGCGCAAAUACGAGAAGUGCAGUUGUCAUGGCAUGUCGGGAUCCUGCAGUUCCAAGACUUGUUGGCAGGAAUUGCCUCAGAUGAGACACAUAAGUGCAGUUCUAAAGAGCAUUUACAACAACGACAGGAACAGCGUGAAAACAUUGCUCCAUACACAAACAGGAGUGAAACACAAGUUGUUGACCAUCGAUAGCAGAAUGAUGCCGUCCAAAAACGCGCUGGUAUUUAUCGAAGAUUCCCCGGAUUAUUGUGGGUACAUGCAUGAAAGGAAUUGUUCCAAAAUUAUCCCCCCGCAUUACGAGCAGGAAAAUAUACCCGACUGGGAAAAAGAACACAGAUCGAGACUGAUGAAGUCGUGCGAUAAUUUGUGUUCGGAUUGCGGUUACGACGUGUGGGAACGACAAGUGAAGGUUUUGAACACGGAGUGCGAAUGUGUUUUUCACUGGUGUUGUACCGUGAAUUGUUCCAGUUGCGAAGUUGACCGGACGCUUCACUCUUGUAGAAGUCGGACACCUAUUACACUAACCCCUUAACAAACUCAACAGACAGACAGACAUUUUUAUCUCCUCCAAUUCGACAAUUGAAUUGCUAUUGCAACCCCAAGCUUGAGUCUUCUCAUCAUAAAUCGCAGUAGACUUUCUUCUAAAACUCUAAAUGCUCUUUAAUAAAUAGCUUUCAAUCUUUAAUGCCAUCUAAAUUUUGGUCAUCAAAAAGCAAAAUUUUCUGACACAUUUUCUGCGAACUUUUAAAUAUAGUCCAAUUCGUGCGUUGGCCCCAUGUUGAAAUUAGGUGGCAUUAUCAUAAAUCACAGAAACAGCAAAUGUGCGAUAUUUAACUGUAUCUAGUUUUUAAGGCUUUGUGUCUAUUUUUUGUUUGUCUACAGUGUUGAAUGAUUUGCAUUUAGUGUUUUUAUGGAGCAGCGACUUAAAGAGCUCAAAAGAUUUGUAUGUCGCGGUAUGGCUGAAAAUCUAGCCUCUUGCUUUAAUCUGAUGAAAUCAUCAUUGAUUUUCCUUUCGAGUAUAUAUUUUUGUACUAAUUUCCUUCACUAAAAGUCUGAAUUUAUGGCUCAAUGUCCUUCGCAGAUUGUGCAAUUUCCAAGCUACACAGAUUUAGAAUCCAUAGAAUGUUAAAUCGCAAAAUAUGUGCCAAAGAUUCGAUCUGGCACCGUUGGGUUGUUGUUUAAAGUUGCUUCCAGGAAAGCCAGUGUCUUCCUAAAGGAAGGGAGGGAGCGUAAUAAAGUUUAGCCCCAAGAAUAAACUGAUUCGAUGAAAUUUGUAAAUAGUUGAAAGUUGUAGCAUGAAUUUAAUUUUCAUUUUCAAAUUUAGAUAUUCUUACUA